AUGGGCGAAGCAAACUUCCAGCCAACUCUCCUAGACCUGAACUUUUUGAGGCCGGGAUCUCUAAGUCUCACAAGCCGUGGGAUUGAGGAAGAGCCAACAUGGCAGAACUCAGAGAUCAAGACUAUUGAGCUCUCCCUUGGUCUAUGCCCCCAACCGAUGACCUUUAGAGUCCGACAGUUUGUCCCAGGGCCGAAUGAUGCACUGUCCCGGACUUGGGUUGAUCCUGGUGGAAGGCCCCGUAGCACUCCGCUGGCUCCCUAUGCAGUUACGGACAUCCCGGAAGCUUUUUUACACAUUCAGCAGUACAUUCGCAACAAUAGCAACUGCUUUGUGGAGGUGGUGCGUCAGUCCCACCCUGCUGUCCAGUUGGUAUACUCCUGCGUGCCGCACCAGCUCUCGGAGCUGCGGGCUAUCAAUGCGACAGCCAACCCUGGUUCUCCUAGCACUCAGGCUGAUCUUCGACAGCUGGAGCUUCUGGAGCAAUACUCACAACUCUGGUUUGGAAUACGCAAUACCGUGGGAUCCAGCUGGCUGUGCGGCUCCGAGACAUUGGGUAUGGAGCCUGUCCAUGAGGAGGGCUAUCCGCUUCAAGGCAAGAUCUCGACGCCGAGGCAAGUAGUGCAAACCGUGGGUUGCCUGCUUGACCAUGCAAUCAGGCCACUCCAAGCGCGGUUUCUCCAAUCUCUCAGAGCUAUGCUCUGCGGCGAUGGCAACCACUCCACCUUCUACACGCUCUUCCUUGUCGUCCGCUUCUCUCUGCCCGAGUACGUGGUUGACCUCCACAAGAGCGCUCAUUUUCUUGUCAUCCACUGGCUAGCCCAUGCAGCCAAGGCUGGCGUAGACUUCUCGAGCAAGCACAAGCUUGAGAGCUCGCUCGGUUUCCUUGCAGAGUCGAAGAGACAGGCCAUUGUUCAGAGCUACGCCAUGAUCAUUGAUGAAGCCUGUCCGGUUGUGCGUGCUAGUCCCGAGACAUGGACUCAGGAUCUAUGCUUCGUCUCGCAUAUGUUUGGCGUCCCAUGGGAGGCGAACGCAAUGUACACGGGCAAUUAG